CCCAGACAGAUCGCUCAUAUGUGGAGGAGCAGCGUUUCUUAUUUUUCCACAAGUAAACAGCAGUGGAAACUGCAUUACACACUGACAGGUGUGUCCAACAAGUGAACAACUUGAAAAGCCAAAAGGCCUCUCUAUGGUUCCAAGUCACUCUCUUAUCAUGGGGAAUGGUUCGAUCAAAGGCCAUCGGCUACAGGAGACAUGUCUGGCCUCCAGCAUUAAAGAGACCCCUGUAUGGGAGUCUGUGGAACCCCUGAAGAUGCGGAUUGCCCAUCUUGAGGAGGAGCUGGCACGGAGGGACCGGGAGCUCCGUGCACAGGAGAAUCAAUUACAGAGCCUUCAAAGGGAAUUAGAGGCAAAGGUGUCCCAGAUUGAUAAGCUCCAAGAUGCCAUCGGGUAUAACAGCCUCGGCCGCUCUCCACCAGCACCACUGAGACACAGCCGUAGACUACUGAGUGUGAUCAACCAGGGAUCCAUGCGCUUCCACAGAGUUGCUGUGGAGGUGCAUCGAAGGCUAAAAGCCAAAGAGGGCGUUUCAGCAGAACCCACAACAAGGCACUUCUGUCAUGACCACAGGGCCCAUCGCAGGUCGACUGAGAGACAACACAUCCGCAAAGACUCAGGCACUAAGAAACUGAUCAAUGAAGCCCUCAUGAAGAAUGACUUCCUGAAGAAGCUGGAACCUCAGCACACUAGAGAGAUGGUGGACUGUAUGUAUGAGAAAAUCUAUGGGGCUGAGCAGCUGGUUAUCCAGGAGGGAGAGCCAGGGAACUUUCUCUAUGUGCUUGCUGAGGGCUUAUUAGAGGUCAUUCAAAAUGGAAAGUUCCUGGGUCAGAUGCGUCCUGGAACAGCCUUUGGAGAGCUGGCCAUUCUCUAUAACUGUAAAAGAACAGCCACGGUCAAAGCUGUGUCUCAGUCCCAUAUCUGGGCUCUGGACCGGCAGAUGUUCCAGACUAUCAUGAUGAGAUCCACUCAGGCCAGACACGAGGAGUACUUCAGCUUCCUGCGCAGUGUUUCAUUGUUGAAAGAUCUGCCAGAAGAGAAACUUGCCAAAAUCAUUGACUGUCUUGAAAUUGAUUAUUUUGACAAAGGAGAGUACAUUAUUCGUGAAGGCGAGGAAGGAAACACUUUCUUUAUCAUAGCUAAAGGAGAGGUGUCUGUAACACAGACUACACAGGGGUUUACAGAACCACAGGAGAUUAAGACUCUUAGAGUGGGAGAUUACUUUGGGGAAAAGGCUCUCAUAAGUGAGGAUGUCCGCUCGGCUAAUAUCAUUGCAAAGGAAAAUGACACACAGUGCUUGGUGGUGGAUAGAGAUAACUUCAAUGAGAUGGUUGGAACCUAUGAGGAGCUGCAAGCGUAUCUGAGGGAGUAUGUGGAGCAGCUCUCACUGAGUGAUGAGAGGAGGAAUGCAGUGCCUCAGUCGCCCCUUUAUGAACGCUCUCCAGAGGCAGCAGAGCUCAGAAGGCUGAAAGAGAAGGCAACUGCUUUGUCCAGUACCUCCUUUCUGAAGGAACUGCAAGUUGUGGCCACUUUAGGCAUGGGAGGCUUUGGACGCGUAGAGCUGGUCAAGCUUAAAGAUUCAGAAGACACAGCAUUUGCUUUAAAGUGCAUUAAGAAAAAACACAUUGUGGACACCAGGCAGCAGGAGCACAUCUAUUCAGAAAAGAUCAUUCUUCAGCAGACCAAUUCAAACUUUAUUGUAAGGUUGUUCCGGACAUUUCGAGAUGAUAAGUAUGUUUACAUGCUGCUUGAGGUUUGCCUGGGAGGAGAACUCUGGAGCUUAUUAAGGGACAUGAGUUGCUUUGAUGAGCCAACUGCCCGCUUCUGUACUGGAUGUGUGCUGGAGGCUUUUGAUUAUCUCCAUGGCAAAGGCAUCGUCUACCGAGACCUGAAGCCAGAGAAUCUUCUUCUGGAUGCUGAAGGCUAUGUCAAAAUGGCUGAUUUUGGCUUUGCCAAAAAGAUCGGACUAGGUAAGAAGACCUGGACAUUCUGUGGCACUCCUGAGUAUGUGGCUCCUGAGGUCAUCAUGAAUAAGGGUCAUGACUUUGGAGCAGAUUGCUGGUCCUUGGGCAUCCUCAUCUUUGAACUCUUGAUUGGAAGCCCUCCAUUCACAGGCUCUGAUCCAAUCAGGAUUUAUACCAUGGUUCUUCAUGGGAUAGAGAAAGUAGACAUUCCCAAGAGGAUCAGCAAGCGUCCAGAAGAUCUCAUACGAAGACUUUGCAAACUCAAUCCAGCAGAACGGCUUGGGAAUAAAAAGAAUGGCAUCAUAGAUAUCAAGAAGCACAAAUGGUUUCAAGGUUUCAACUGGGAAGGAUUGAGACGCCGGAAGCUGAUGUCUCCUCUAAGGAGAGAGCUGACGGGACCUCUGGAUCACAGUUAUUUCGACAUGUUUCCUCCUGAGCUUGAAGAACCUCCAGAUGAAUUCUCUGGCUGGGAUAAAGACUUCUGAAAAACAAGCUGUUUCUAUGAGUCUGUUCUAUGAGCAUAGCUUUCUCAACUAACUUUUUUCAUUCCUGUUUGCUGAAGUAAGUGCUCAAAGAAGAUCUCAUGUAAUGUGAUGGUGGACAACCAAAUGACUUGUUUAUAUGGACAGCAAUCUGGUCAAAACCCAGUUAAAUGUCUGAUUAAAAGGGAUUGUUGAUUAUUGCA